AGCCAGAAUGGCCUGUGAUCUGGUCGCAAAGAUGGCAUCCUCCGCCUCUGCUCGGACUCCGGCAGGGAAGCGAGUGGUGAAUCAGGACGAACUGCGACGGUUGAUGAAGGAGAAGCAGCGUCAGAGCACUAACCGGAAACGGAUAGAAUCUCCAUUCGCCAAGUACAACCGUUUGGGGCAGCUGAGUUGUGCCUUGUGUAACUCGCCGGUUAAGAGCGAGCUCCUGUGGCAGACUCAUGUCCUGGGAAAGCAGCACCGAGAGAAAGUGGCCAAGCUGAAAGGCGCGAAGGAAGGCAUCCAGGGUCCGUCCGUCAGUGUGGCGCCUCAGUCCGCCAAGCGGAAGGCACCGGAUGCAGACGGCCGAGAUGCGAAGAGAGCGAGGGCCCCCUCGGUGCCUCAGGUACUGCCUUCCACAUCCGCUUUGUCCACCAACUGUGACAAAACAGGAAAGGAGUCCACUAGAGCGACUGCCAAUAAGCCUUCGGGACUCGGUUUACUCCCUGAUUAUGAAGACGACGACGACGAGGAGGAGGAGGAGGGUGGAGAAAGAAAAGCGGAAGACGCCAACGAGCCGCGCGACGCAGAGAGCAAGGACCACUCACUUUCCUCCUCGCGGGCGGCAGCAAAUAGUGUGCUGCCAGACCAUUGCUUUAAUACAAAGCCUCCCAAGGCCCCCUUAAUUCCUCAUUCAGGAUCGAUUGAGAAAGCAGAAAUACAUGAAAAAGUGGUGGAAAGAAGAGAAAACACCGCGGAAGCAUUACCAGAAGGUUUUUUUGACGACCCUGAGGUAGAUGCAAGAGUUCGGAAGGUUGACGCCCCAAAGGAUCAGAUGGACAAAGAGUGGGACGAAUUUCAAAAAGCCAUGAGGCAGGUGAACACUAUUUCUGAAGCCAUAGUUGCUGAAGAGGAUGAAGAGGGACGGCUGGACCGCCAGAUUGGGGAGAUCGAUGAACAGAUAGAAUGUUACCGUCGGGUAGAAAAGCUGCGGAAUCGCCAGGAUGAAAUAAAAAAUAAGCUUAAAGAGGUUCUGACCAUACAAGAACUACAGAAAAAGGAAGAGGAGAAUGCUGACAGCGAUGAUGAGGGAGAACUACAGGAUUUGUUGUCUCAGGAUUGGAGGGUGAAAGGGGCUUUGUUAUAAGGUUUUAAAGACCCAAGAUUUCUAACAGCCUCUGCUAUUGUUUAAAAAUGCUGUCUCCUAACUGGAUUGUUGAGAUAAAAUGAGCCAGUGAGUAACAGCAAUUUAGAAAAUUGGUGUAAAAUGUUUUUGAGAUACACUUGUUUUUGAAAUUUUUUAAGUGUUGUAUUCCAAACUGCCAAGUUUUCAAAUAUCCAGGCUUAACUUUAAUUUUGAGUUGUAAAAUGUGUAUGUUACAAAUAUUAUACAUAGUUAACUAUAUAUUUACUUAAGUAAUUCUGUUUUGAAACAAAUUAAUAUAAGUCAGACCAACAGACAAGCUUGUAGAGGAAUACUUGGUAUACUAUUUGGGAUGUAUGUCUUUUUCUGACUCCUAAAUCAAACUCGAAGGGUUGCGUUUUUGUGGUGUUUUUUGUUUUUUAAAAUAUUGCUCAUAAACACGUAAGUCGUUUUAGGUUAA